UGUAUUUGUCUCAUCAGUAAUAUCCGGCGCUCUCGGCUCCUCAGCGACAGGUAUUUUUCGGUGCUGUCAUAAUAAACACGCUACCAGACUCGAGGUAGGAAAUAAAAAUCAUCGAAGUAAGACGUGUUGACUGCGUGUUGAGUCUAGACUAGUUUUCCCCCAGUAUAUUCCAUUGCAUUGCCAGUUAUGCCUUAAUUAGUGUGUGUGUGUGUGUGGGGGGACUUGGAGCUCAUUACAGAGAAACUUAUUCUAAAAAUGAAUUCCAAAGAAGGAGCGUCGUAUUUGUUUUUGUUCCAAAAAUACAAGCUCGUUUUAUUACCAAAGAGAAAGUGAAAGUUUUUUCCCUCGCGCACAGUCAGAAAGUCGAGCGCGCGUGCGCACGUACACACAACCACACACACACACACACACACACACACACACAAUGGCACAUCAGUGUACUUCUUAAAAUGUGUAUAAAGCUCUAUGAGGACAUUCAGCUCAGACAAUCUGGACACACCGGAUAUGCUCGCAUCCACACUGACCUUCAUCUUCAUCAUAUCUGAAUGCUCCAUCAUCACCGGUGGAGAUGGAAAUUGUGGGGAUCCUCCAGAGAUUCAAAAUGCAGAGAAAGUGAAAAAUGUCAUUUCCAGGUUCCGCAUGAAAUGUAGAGAAGGAUACUUAAGAGAAGCUGGAACGUCCAACCUUUUUAAAUGUACAGAAGGAGGAAAUAGAGGACCGUUCUGGAGGAACGAUCCACCGCUAGUAUGCAUAAAAUUAGACACACUGACUCCAUCUGCCUCUCCAUCACAGUCCAGUCUAACACAGAAGAUAACUGGCAUGAAUGAAAAAGUACAAAGCACAACAAAUGGAAAAACUGUGUUCACAACAACACACAAAGCUCCCACAACAUCGCAGACAUCACACCAAACCUCUCAGAGGACCACAACAAUGGAGGAGACAUCUGUGACCACACCCAUUACAGCUAGAAUUACAGCUUCAUCCACGACUGAGAAAGAAAUACUGAUCACUAUGUCCACAUCUAGCAGCCUCAUUACCACAGGAUAUGGAGUCACUGACAAAAUAAAAGAAAAUCAAAAACAAAUUUUGGGCAUCUCUCUAGGGAUUGUAGUGCCUUUAAUCCUUGGGGUGGCAGCAGCCGUAGCAGUCCUUAUUAUGUGUCGACGUUCAAAGCCACGCAGAGCUGGUGGCAAUCCAGUACAUUUGACAGGCCUGACACAUGCCUCAGAACAGCCUUUCAUAAUGAACAUCACAAGCAGUUGUGCUCCAGAUGCCGUCCAAUCUUCAUUUGCUAAUUUUAAAGACGCUUCUGAGGUCGUGUAUACAGAUGAUCCCCUAUCUGUUUGAAAUGCUUUCCAGAACAAGUUAAACAACAUAUUACAUGCCUGGACAACAACAUUAUGCAUUGUAUAUCAAAAUUGCAAGCUUACAAUAUACAUGCAGCAGACAUUCUUCAACCCAGUCUAAACUAACUGAUUUGUAACUGGGUUAUUUAUUUUGUGUUGCAUGACAUGUAAAUGCGCUUAGUAUAUUGGAAGAAAAUACAUGGACAAAUUAAUUAUUAAAUUUCUUUCAUAUUCAUGACACAUUGUUGAUGUUUCAUGGCUCUUUAUGUGUUUACUGUAUUUGUUUUACAGGCAUCGUUAUUUUUUUUAUUUAUUUGCAUUAAAUCUAAGAUACAUGUAGCUUUUCAUUCUUGUUAAACUGUAAAUAAUGAAUAAAUUCCCUUUUUUUACCAAAAUGUUCAUGUGUCCAAACCCAAAUGUGUGGUACACUGGACACUUUGUUAUAUUUUAUGCUGUUGUGAACCUACACAUGUAUAUAAAUAUAUAAUACAUGUGUUGUGGCUUUUUUUUAAGUGAUUUUAAUAAAAUAAUUACAUCAUGCAA